UAACUGAUACUAUUGGCAGGCAGUAUCAGUUGAAGUCUGGGUCUGGGGUUGGGGUAUAUAAACUUGCGAGUUCGAGUAAUCAACACACAUUCACGGCAGCAGUCACCGCUCAACGCAACCAUGAAAGGAGCUCUAGUUUGCAUUUGCCUUGCCCUCUUCAUGGCGCUCUAUGGCGCCGAAUACGUCUGCAAUCCCAAUGGCAACAACCAGCCCGACUGCAGCAACGCCAGCAACCUGAAUGUCCCCAUCCGAAACUUCUGGGAUCCAACCCGCUACUGGCAGUGCAACUCCACCACAGGCUCGGCUGCAGUUGUGAUCUGCCCGAACAGCACAGGAUUCGACCCGACGUCGAAGGAAUGCGUUUCCUGGGGCAACUGGACUUGGACCCCGUACUGCCCGUAGUUCGAUUAACUUUCGUUAAAUCAAUAAAAUUGAAUGGCAUAUUA